AGUUAUUUUCAAGCCAGCUGGCUUUGUAGCUGGCUAAAAUCGUUUUACUUUAAUGCUCUCCAGCUCUGUUAUGCGAAGAUUAUAAACAGUCAUCAUGAGAGCUCAAAUUGAGGUGAUCCCGUGUAAGAUCUGUGGGGACAAGUCCUCAGGAAUUCACUAUGGGGUGAUCACCUGUGAAGGCUGCAAGGGCUUCUUCCGUCGCAGCCAGCAGAACAAUGCCAUGUACUCCUGUUCCAGGCAGAGGAACUGCCUGAUCGACCGCACCAACCGCAACCGCUGCCAGCACUGCCGACUGCAGAAGUGCCUGGCACUGGGCAUGAGCCGUGAUGCGGUGAAGUUCGGGCGCAUGUCCAAAAAGCAGCGCGAUAGCCUGUACGCCGAGGUGCAGAAGCACCAGCAGUCGCAGGAGUGCGCGGGGGGCGUGGCCCGGGAGGAGCAGGGUGACGACGGAGGGCACAGCCGGGCCUACAGCAGCGGCUCCAGCGCCGCCCUCAGCGACUUGGACGACAUCGCCACGCUGCCCGACGGGCUGCUGUUCGACCUGCCGCUCACGCCCGAGGGGGCGGGCGGCUACUGCGGCCUGGAGCUGCUCGGCGGGGGCAGUCUGUCCUCCAACAGCUCGCCUGAGCAGAACGGGCUGGACUUCAGCGACGGCAGCCACAUCAAACACGAGUACGACCUGCUGCACGAGACCGGGCUCUUCACCCCGCCGCCCGAGAGCUGCUCCCUGAUGGAGAUAGAGCAUAUUACACAGAGUGUGGUGAAGUCCCACCUGGAGACCAUCCAGCACAGCGCCGAGGAGCUCAAAAGACUGGUCUGGAAUCUGUACACCCCAGAAGAGACUCGCGCGUUCCAGAGUAAGUCUGUGGAGUGGAUGUGGCAGCAGUGCACCCACCACCUCACCAGCGCCAUCCAGUACGUGGUGGAGUUCGCCAAGCGCAUCUCUGGCUUCAUGGACCUCUGCCAGAAUGACCAGAUCAUCCUGCUCAAAGCAGGGUGUCUGGAGGUUCUGUUGAUCCGCACGUGUCGCGCCUACAAUCCCAUCAACAACACCAUGCUGUUCAACGGCAAGUUUGCCAGCGCACAGCUCUUCAAGGCCCUCGGCUGCGAUGACCUUGUGAAUGCCGUGUACGAUCUGGCCAAGAGCCUGUGCCGACUGCAGCUCACUGAGGAAGAGAUGGCUCUGUUCAGCGCCACAGUCCUCCUGUCACCAGAUCGGCUGUGGCUAACAGACACACUGCAGGUGCAGAAGCUGCAGGAGAAAGUCUACCUGGCGCUGCAACACUGCCUCCACAGGAGCGGGGCCAAUGAGGAGAAACUGGCCAAGAUGGUGUCCAAGUUGCCCAUGAUGAAGUCCAUUUGCAACCUGCACAUGGACAAGCUGGAGUUUUUCCGUCUGGUUCACCCAGACACAGCCUACGGCUUCCCUCCACUCUAUCGGGAGGUCUUCGGAAGCGAGAUCCCCUUCCCUGACUCCACGGAAAGCUAAGUUCAGUCAGAGAGAGAGAGAGAAAGUGUAGGGAGAGGUAGGUUUGAGCAGGCGUAGAUGCAGAGGAACAGCAAAUCACCAGACUCAACCAGCGGUUCAGUGACAAUCUCUCACACACUACUUAACACCACACUACUGUGACCUCAGACUUCUGACACACCCCCCCCCGAAUCAUCACAGCACCUGACACUGUGAGGUCUGCUACAGGGCCAUUGUCAGCAGGUUCUGUGAUGCCACACGCAUGUGACCUUACUGCGGGGAGCCCAAGGCGAGAGCUUGGCUUCCUCACUUCUCUUCUGUGUGUGGGCCUGCACGUCCCUCAGCCUGAAUUGUGACUUAUGAGUUCCUCCUGCAGUUCUCACCAUGCCCUCCAUCCCCUCGUCCCCUCAUCCCCC